GUUCUGUCCCGGGCUGGAGUGAGUGGCACUGCUCCUUUGUAAAGCACACUGCCAGCUAAAGGAACGAGUGUCUCACAGCUCCAUCACACGAGCUAAUGAGCAUCAUCUCUGCCUGACCUAUCCAGCACAGUUUACUGAAGGGAUAUACCAGGACGAUAAUGACCUAAGAGUUGUCUCUUUGCAGAUAUUUGAAAUUCCACAGAAAUACUGUGGAAUACAGAACUCUGAAUUGAGUCUAUUCCGAUCCAUUUGUGGACCAUGUGGAAGAACCAGUUGUUACUGUAUGCCCUCUUGGGUAUAACGUUUUUUGGCCUAUUCCCAAAACUUGAAGCUCAGGGUGCCCCCGCGCCAGCUGACCUUGUACUCUUAAUUGAUGGAUCAGAGAGCAUUGGAGCUGCCAACUUCCCCCGCAUCCGUGAUUUGGCUGUCCAAUUGAUUGAUGGGCUUGCCGUGGGCAAGGACACAAUCCGGGUAGCCCUUGUGCUUUAUGGUGCCAACCCUGAGAUUCAGUUCUAUCUCAAUAGCUAUGACAACAAAGAGAGCAUCCUCAGUGCUAUCCAGGGGCUUACAUACCCUGGUGGGGAUGAGGCAAAUCUGGGGGCAGCCUUGGAGGAGGUGGCAGACAGUCUGUUGGGCUCAGAUGCAGGGGGCAGGGCAGAGGAAGGGGUGCCCCAGGCACUGGUGGUGAUCAGUGCUGGGCUGUCCACUGAUGAUGUCAGUCAGGGCAAGAGGUCACUAAAGCUGGCCAGUGUGUACACCUUUGGCAUUGCUGUAGGUGAUUCUGGUGCUACUGCCCAACUGGAAGCUGUUGCUACAGAUAAAAGCUUUGUUCUGUCUGCCCCUGAUGUCAGUACAGUGGCAAGCAUGGGUGACCAGAUACUACCAUACAUUAAUGGUGUCGCCGAGCGCACCAUUGUGAUUGAAACAGAAAUAACAGAAGCUUUGGCUGUUGGGAGUAGAGAUGUAAUUUUCCUCAUUGAGAGCAGUAUGGGUAACACCUUCAUCACUGCAGUGCGAGAAUUCAUCAAAAAGUUUAUUGACAUCGUGCCAAUCGGCCCUGAUCAGGUGCAGGUCGGAGUGGCCAUGUUUUCCACUACCCCAAGAAUGGAGAUUAACCUCAACUCAUACAAUUCAAAAGAAUCCCUAAUUUCUGCCCUUGCCAAAAUUAAACCCAAACCUGCAGUUGACAUCAACAUUGGAUCUGCUCUGGAGUUUGUGAGGACCAGCAUGCUCAGUGCUGAGAGUGGGAGCCGCAUUCAACAAGGUGUGCCACAGCUCGUGUUGCUACUGGCCAGUAAAAAAUCCAAAGACAGUGUCCAACAGCCAGCUGAAGAACUUCGUCGAAUGGGUGUUCUGACUUUGGCUGUGGGAUCCAAGGCUGCUGAUGAGGCUGAGCUCAAGCAAAUAGCUUUUGAUGAAAGUGUGGUUUUCAUGCUUAAGGAUAUGAGGGGAUUGCUGCGUAACCCUGGAGAAAUUAUCUCCCCUCUUUCUACAUUGUCUGGUGUUGUUGUGACAGAGGUUCCAACAGAAACAGACACCACUGUGGACGUUACUACAGUCCAAACCCAAAGAGUUGUCAGAGACAUUGUCUUCUUAGUGGAUGGAUCAAGCUAUGUUGGAAAUGCCAACCUGCAACAUGUGCGGGACUUCAUCUCUGGCGUGGUGAACAGAUUAGACAUCCGACCUGAGCGAGUGCGCAUUGGCCUAAUGCAGUUUGCUGAGGGACAACGAACUGAGUUUUAUUUGAACACUCACAACACCAAAGAGAAAGUGCUCUCAAGCAUUGCUCAGCUUCGACUGAUGGGAGGACGUGCAUUGAACACUGGUGCAGCCCUAGAAUAUGCCCUAGCCAACCACUUCCAGCCCUCAGCUGGGUCUCGUAGGCGGCAGGGGGUCCAGCAGGUACUGGUGCUGAUAACCGGAGGUCCAUCUCAAGAUGAGGUCAAGAGGGUUGCAGACCGUGUAGCUUUAGAUAACGUUUUGACUUUUGCUGUUGGAGCUGGCCAAGUGGAACAGGAUUUCCUGAAACAAGUGGCUUUUGUUGAGAAUUUGGCAUACUACAGAAGAAAUUUUGCUGACUUGUCAGGUGUAGUUGACCAGAUUAUGACACCGCUUAUCUCCGUUGUUGGGGAGACUGAUACAGUAGAAGCAGAUAUUGAAAUAGUUUCGCCACCACCCUCUGGCAUUGAAAGGGAUGUUGCAUUCUUGAUUGAUGGCUCUGAUGAUGUCAGAAGUGACUUCCCCUAUAUCCGUGACUUCAUUUCCAAAGUCAUUGAGCCUCUUGACAUAGGAGUUGAUAAAGUACGAGUUUCUGUGGUCCAGCAUAGUGAGAGACCAAGCCCUAGCUUCUACCUGAACACUUACCAAACCAAAGAAGAGGUGCUAAGGGCUGUAAAUGGACUAAAUCUGGCUGGUGGUAGAAGUCUGAACACUGGUGCUGCCCUGACUUUCAUGAAAAAUAACAUCUUAUCACCACAAUAUGGCAGUCGAGCUGCCCAAAAUGUCCCCCAGUUUUUGAUUGUUUUGACUGGAGGGAGAUCAAGAGAUAGUGUCAAGGAACCUGCAGUUGCCUUAAAGACUGAUGGAGUGGUGCCUUUUGGUGUCGGAGUAAAAAAUGCAGACCCUAAACAGAUUGAGGAAAUUUCUCAGAAUCCAUCAUUUGCUUUCAAUGUGAAGGAAUUCAACAUGCUCGACACAGUGGGAAAAACGCUUAAGAACUAUGUGAGUCUUCCAAAGGCAGACCUGAAUACCUUACUAAUGGAAGUUGAUUCCAAAGACAUAGCAAAAGAUGUUGUGUUCCUAUUGGAUGGUUCUGAUGGUACUAAAAGUGGAUUCCAUGCAGUAUGUGAUUUUGUUCAAAGUGUUGUUGAGAAACUUGAUGUGGAGGAGAGCAAAUACAGAGUAUCUGUGGUUCAGUACAGUGACAAUCCAGAGGUUGACUUCUAUCUUAAAACUUACUCAACAAAGGCAGAGGUUGUAAAUGCCAUACGAUUUCUGAAACACAAAGGUGGAAAAGUUGCUAACACUGGAGCAGCCCUCCAGUUUGUGAGGCACCAGGUUUUUACUUCUUCUUCUGGGAGUAGACGACUUCAUGGUAUUCCUCAAAUACUAAUUUUGUUGAGUAGUAGGCCAUCUAAUGAUGAAGUAAAAGGACCUGCCAUGGCCCUUAAAGAUCUUGGAAUAAUGACAAUGAGCAUUGGUGUGGAAAAUGCAGAUCCAAUUGAGCUGAAAACAAUUUCACAUCAAUCCCAAUUGACACACUAUAUCACUAGAUUUGAUGACCUUCCUUUAUUUGAGCCACAACUAGUUUCGACACUCAAGAACUUCUCCAAAGAAUCUGGAGAAAUUUUCAACACAGGAGUUCCAGACUCAACAGUUGAAUUAGAUGCAGCUCAAAGAGACAUUGUCUUUCUCCUGGAUGGGUCUGAUGACACAAGGGAUGCUUUUAAACAAAUGUGUCGGUUUGUUCAAAGAGUGGUGGACAAACUCAAUAUUGGAGAGAACAGCGACAGAGUGUCUGUGGCCCAGUACAGCAGAGAGCCACAGGUACAUUUUUACCUGAACACACAUGCCACAAAGCAAGACUAUCUCAAUUCAAUUGAGAGUCUGCAGCACCAGGGAGGAAGUCCCCUCAACACAGGGAGAGCCCUUGACUAUAUUAAAAACAACAUGUUCAUUGCCUCUUCUGGGAGCAGAAUGCUGGAGGGGGUUCCUCAAAUUCUUGUUCUUGUGACUGGAGGAAGGUCUCAGGAUGAUGUUAGAGCUCCCGCUGCUGCUCUGAAACAGGAUCAUGUAGUAUCAUUCAGUAUCGGCACCCAAAAUGCAGACAUUAUUCAGCUCCAGACGAUCUCAUAUACUCCUGGCCAUACCCUUACUGUCCCUCAGUUUGAUGACCUUCAAACCAUUGAGCAGAAACUUAUAUCAUAUGUAAAAAGAGUGCCUCGUCAGCCCAAGAGGCCUCAACCAACUACGAUAGAUGACAGGAAGAGAGAUAUUGUUUUUUUAAUUGAUGGCUCUGAUGACACAAAGGAAAGUUUCAAAGGAGUGCAAAACUUUGUUCAGACCCUGGUUCAGCAACUGAAUGUGGCACCAAAUAAAAAUCGUGUUUCAAUGGUCCAGUACAGCGAUGACACAGCUGUUGAUUUCCUGUUAAAUACACAUACAUCCUCAGAUGAUGUUAUAAACCAUGUGCAACGUAUAAUUCAUAAAGGAGGACCGCUGCGUAACACUGGGGCAGCCCUACAGUUUGUUAAGGACAACCUAUUUACUGCUGCUGCAGGGAGUAGAUAUUUGGAGGGUGUGCCACAGGUUCUAGUUCUGCUAAGCUCUGGAAGGUCCAAAGAUGAUAUUCAAGGUCCGGUCAAAGCUUUGCAAGACAUCGGUGUCAUUUCAUUAAGUAUUGGUACCUCAAAUGCUGAUACACUUGAGUUACAAACAAUAUCCCAUCAACCAAACUACUUUUUAAUUUCUGACUUUGAGAACAUUCUUGAAGUUCAAGAGAAUAUUUUGUCUUUAAUAAAAGGGAUAUCUUACCAACAGCUGCCAACAAUGACUCCUCAGGUCUCUGAAUCUGUCAAAAGGGAUAUUGCAUUUCUUAUUGAUGGAUCUGAAGAUUCUAGAAUUGGAUUUGAGUCAAUUCGCAGUUUUAUCCAAACAUUUGUUGAGAGUCUAAAUAUUGAGGAAGAUCUUGAUAGGGUGGCUGUUGUCCAGUACAUCCGAGAUCCCACAGCUAAUUUUUACCUCAGCUCAUACUCAACCAAAAAAGAGGUACUGAAUUCAAUACGUUCCAUAAGGCACAAAAGUGGAAGGCCUCUGAAUACUGGAGCUGCUCUACUCUUUAUUAAAGAAAAUAUAUUUGCAAUUUCCUCUGGAAGCAGACAUAAUAAAGGCGUACCACAGAUUCUGUACUUGUUUAGUGGUGGCAGAUCUAAUGAUGAUGUCAGAACUGUUUCACAGUCCUUAAGAGAAAGCAACAUAAACGUUUUUACCAUUGGCACAAGAAAUGCCGAUACACUUGAGUUACAGACAAUGGCUUCCACACCAGCCUAUGCCUUCUCUGUUCCUGACUUUACCUCCAUCAGCAGCAUUUACCCAAGAGUUGCUUCUAUUUUGACAAGUGGUUAUGAAAUUACUGAGCAGUUUCCAACACCUAGGGUCCAGACUUCGAGUGGUGAAAGGCAUAUUGUGUUCCUUAUUGAUGGAUCUGAUGAUGCUAGUCUCAGAUUCACUGCUAUACGAGAUUUUGUGGCUAGUUUGGUAGAGACAUUUGAUGUUGGUCAAGGAAAAGAUCAAAUUGCUGUCGUGCAGUUCAGUAAUACUGCAGUGAUGAGCUUCAAUCUCAGUACCUAUGCCUCCACUGCUGAAGUGGUAGAUGCUAUAAGAAACCUCAAACCAAAAGGGGGAAUGCCACAAUAUAUUGGCCAAGCUCUACAAUUUGUCAGAGACAAUAUUUUUACCUCCAGAAGUAAAAGUCGGCAAAUAGAAGGUGUUAGCCAAAAUCUUGUGCUUGUGGCUGGUGGCAGAUCAAGAGACUCUCCUCAUGGACCAGCUAAAACACUAAAGAGUAUGGGGGUAGACAUUUUUGCCAUUGGGUCAAGACAGACAGAUCCCAUUGAAAUGGAGGCCAUUUCCUCACAGAAGAAUUAUGCCUUUGCUGUUCCUGAUUUGUCUGACCUAAAAAACAUGCGUCAAAGCCUACUGACCAAACUGACAAAAACUGAAGUGAGACACAAAGAAAACACCAAAAUUGAUGGCACAGGAUUUAAAAGGGAUAUUGCCUUUCUUGUGGAUGGUUCAGACAAUACAAGAAGAGGAUUUCAAGAGAUAUGUGAUUUUCUGUACAAUAUUAUCACAAACCUCAAUGUGGGAACUGAUAAUGAUAGAAUCGCAGUAGUACAAUACAGCAAUGUAGCUGUGGCAAAUUUUUAUUUUAAUUCAUUCUCAAGAAAGGAAGAUGUAUUGAAUGCUGUAAAUGUACUUAGCCAUAAAGGUGGAAGGCCCCUAAACACAGGAUCUGCCCUUCGGUAUGUAAAGGAAAACAUCUUUUCAAGUUCUUCAGGUUGUAGGCACAAAGAAGGCAUCCCUCAAAUAUUAAUUCUGCUGACGAGUGGAAGAUCAAGAGACCGCAUUUCUGAGGCAGCCUCUGCUCUCAAAGAACUUGGGGUGCUAAUUGUUGGAAUAGGAGUAAAGUACUCAGACUCUGAAUUGCAUGAUAUAUCAUCUGAAAAUCAUGUGCUUUCAUUUGCUGACUUCAGUGAAUUACCAAAAAUUCAGGCUCAGCUACUGGAAGCCAUGAAACCUAGUGACUACAAAAAAGAAUCGAUAGCUGAGAGUCAUACACCAAGGAGAGAUGUUGUCUUCCUGCUGGAUGGAUCAGAUGGCACUAGGAAUGGGUUCCCAGCAAUGAAAGAGUUUGUUCAAAGAAUGGUGGAGAGAUUGGAAAUUGCUGAGAACAGAGAUCGCAUUUCUGUGGUCCAGUACAGCAGAGACACAGAGGUCAAUUUCAAUCUAAACACGUACACAAAAAAGGAAGGCAUUCUUGAUGCUUUAAGAGGUCUGAGACACAAAGGAGGCAGACCCCUCAACACGGGGGCAGCUCUCCAGUACGUCAGAGACAAUGUCAUUACUGCGUCCUCUGGCAGCAGACGACUGGAGGGUGUGCCACAGAUACUUAUUGUGCUUAGUGGGGGAAGGUCAUUUGACAGUGUUGAUACAGCAGCCUCCUCUCUAAAAGAGCUUGGAAUCUUGACCUUCGGAAUUGGCUCAAGAGCCUCUGAUAGCCGAGAAUUGCAGAUAAUCUCAUCUGACCCUAAUUACGUGCUCUCCGUGUCUGACUUCACCGAGCUUCCGAAUGUCCAAGAACAGCUGCUGGCCUCCGUACAGGCUGUUGCAAUGCCUAGUACGCCAGCUUCACCGACAGUGAUCGCUGAUUACACCAUACCAAGAAAGGAUGUAGUAAUUUUGCUGGACGGCUCAGAUGGCACUAGGAAUUCUUUCCCAGCAAUGCGUGAAUUUUUGCAAAGACUAGUAGAGCAAUUUAACAUAGAGGAAAACAGAGACCGUGUUUCUGUGGUACAGUACAGUAAAGACGCCGAGGCCCAUUUCUAUCUUAACACCUACGCUACAAAGGGGGAGAUCCUUAACACUGUCAGGAGUCUUAGGCACAGAGGAGGGAGACCCCUCAACACAGGGGCGGCUCUCCAGUACGUGAUGAACAAUGUCUUCACUGCCUCUGCUGGGAGUAGAAAGCAAGAGGGCGUUCCUCAGGUUCUUAUACUUUUCAGUGGAGGACGCUCAAACGAUAACAUAGAUACACCUGCCUCUGCUCUGAAAGAGAGUGGGGUCUUAAUUUUUGGCAUUGGCACCAGAAAUUCGAGCAGAGAGGUACAGAUAAUUGCCAAUGGUCCUACCUAUGCACAGUCCAUCCCUGAGUUCUCUGAUCUUCCCAGUGUCCAGCAGCAGUUUUUGAGCUCACUGAACAAUGUGCUUGUGCAAGUCCUGCAGGUGACACCUACUGUUAUGGUUGAACGAAGGAUGGCUGGGAGGGAUGUAGUGUUCCUGCUGGAUGGUUCAGACGGCACUAGGAGCUCUUUUCCAGCAAUGCGUAACUUUGUUGAAAGGAUGGUGGAGAGAUUGAAUGUGUCUGAGAGGCAAGACCGUGUGUCUGUGGUCCAGUUCAGCAGAGAUCCAGAGGCCCAUUUUUAUCUUAACACAUACACGAAAAAGGAGGACAUUCUUGACACGGUCAGGGGACUGAGGCACAAAGGAGGGAGACCCCUCAACACAGGGGCAGCUCUGCAGUACGUGAGAGACAGUGUCUUCACUGCCUCCUCAGGAAGCAGACGUUUAGAGGGUGUGCCACAGUUACUGAUUCUGCUGAGUGGUGGAAGUUCAUUUGAUAAUGUUGACACACCGGCCACUUCCCUGAAAGAGCUUGGAGUAUUGAUCUUUGGGAUAGGGUCAAGGAGCUCUGACAGCAGUGAACUGCAGAGGAUCUCCCAUGACCCAAGCUAUGUACUCUCAGUGAGUGACUUCUCUGACCUUCCCAGUGUCCAACAGCAGCUUUUCACCAACAUUAACACAGUAGUUGUAGCGGGCACGCCAAUCACUACCACAAUAAUAGCUGAGGGUCGUGGACCAAGAAGAGAUGUUGUUUUCCUGCUGGAUGGAUCAGAUGGCACUAGGAAUGGGUUCCCAGCAAUGAAAGAGUUUGUUCAAAGAAUGGUGGAGAGAUUGGAAAUUGCUGAGAACAGAGAUCGCAUUUCUGUGGUCCAGUACAGCAGAGACGCAGAGGUCAAUUUCAAUCUAAACACGUACACAAAAAAGGAAGGCAUUCUUGAUGCUUUAAGAGGUCUGAGACACAAAGGAGGCAGACCCCUCAACACGGGGGCAGCUCUCCAGUACGUCAGAGACAAUGUCUUUACUGCGUCCUCUGGCAGCAGACGACUGGAGGGUGUGCCACAGAUACUUAUUGUGCUUAGUGGGGGAAGGUCAUUUGACAGUGUUGAUACAGCAGCCUCCUCUCUGAAAGAGCUUGGAAUCUUGACCUUCGGAAUUGGCUCAAGAGCCUCUGAUAGCCGAGAAUUGCAGAUAAUCUCAUCUGACCCCAAUUACGUGCUCUCCGUGUCUGACUUCACCGAGCUUCCGAAUGUCCAAGAACAGCUGCUGGCCUCCGUACAGGCUGUUGCAAUGCCCAUCACUCCAACAUCGCCAGCUGUUACUGCUGAUUACACCUUACCAAGAAAGGACGUAGUAUUUCUGCUGGACGGUUCAGAUGGAAAUAGGAAUUCUUUCCCAGCAAUGCGUGAAUUUGUUCAAAGAGUAGUGGAGCAAUUCAACAUAGAUGCAAACGAAGACCAUGUUUCUGUGGUGCAGUACAGUAGAGACACUGAGGUCAAUUUCUAUCUGAAUACCUACACUUCAAAGGAAGACAUUCUUGACAGUGUCAGAGCUCUGAGACACAAAGGAGGGAGACCCCUCAACACGGGUGCAGCUCUCCAAUAUGUCAAAGAUAAUGUCUUUACUGCCUCCUAUGGCAGCAGACGACUAGAGGGUGUGCCGCAGAUACUGAUUGUGCUAAGUGGGGGAAAGUCAUUUGACAGUGUUGAUACAGCAGCCUCCUCUCUGAAAGAGCUUGGAAUCUUGACCUUUGGAAUCGGCUCAAGAGGCUCUGAUAGCAGAGAAUUGCAGAGAAUCUCAUAUGACCCCAGUUACGCUCUGUCCGUGUCCGACUUCACCGAGCUUCCGAAUGUCCAAGAACAGCUGCUGGCCUCCGUACAGGCUGUUGCAAUGCCUAGUACGCCAGCUUCACCGACAGUGAUCGCUGAUUACACCAUACCAAGAAAGGAUGUAGUAAUUUUGCUGGACGGCUCAGAUGGCACUAGGAAUUCUUUCCCAGCAAUGCGUGAAUUUUUGCAAAGAGUAGUAGAGCAAUUUAACAUAGAGGAAAACAGAGACCGUGUUUCUGUGGUGCAGUACAGUAAAGACGCCGAGGCCCAUUUCUAUCUUAACACCUACGCUACAAAGGGGGAGAUCCUUAACACUGUCAGGAGUCUUAGGCACAAAGGAGGGAGACCCCUCAACACAGGGGCGGCUCUCCAGUACGUGAUGAACAAUGUCUUCACUGCCUCUGCUGGGAGUAGAAAGCAAGAGGGCGUUCCUCAGGUUCUUAUACUUUUCAGUGGAGGACGCUCAAACGAUAACAUAGAUACACCUGCCUCUGCUCUGAAAGAGAGUGGGGUCUUAAUUUUUGGCAUUGGCACCAGAAAUUCGAGCAGAGAGGUACAGAAAAUUGCCAAUGGUCCUACUUAUGCACAGUCCAUCCCUGAGUUCUCUGAUCUUCCCAGUGUCCAGCAGCAGUUUUUGAGCUCACUGAACAAUGUGCUUGUGCAAGUCCUGCAGGUGACACCUACUGUUAUGGUUGAACGAAGGAUGGCUGGGAGGGAUGUAGUGUUCCUGCUGGAUGGUUCAGACGGCACUAGGAGCUCUUUUCCAGCAAUGCGUAACUUUGUUGAAAGGAUGGUGGAGAGAUUGAAUGUGUCUGAGAGGCGAGACCGUGUGUCUGUGGUCCAGUUCAGCAGAGAUCCAGAGGCCCAUUUUUAUCUUAACACAUACACCAAAAAGGAGGACAUUCUUGACACGGUCAGGGGACUGAGGCACAAAGGAGGGAGACCCCUCAACACAGGGGCAGCUCUGCAGUACGUGAGAGACAGUGUCUUCACUGCCUCCUCAGGAAGCAGACGUUUAGAGGGUGUGCCACAGUUACUGAUUCUGCUGAGUGGUGGAAGGUCAUUUGAUAAUGUUGACACACCGGCCACCUCCCUGAAAGAGCUUGGAGUAUUGAUCUUUGGGAUAGGGUCAAGGAGCUCUGACAGCAGUGAACUGCAGAGGAUCUCCCAUGACCCAAGCUAUGUACUCUCAGUGAGUGACUUCUCUGACCUUCCCAGUGUCCAACAGCAGCUUUUCACCAACAUUAACACAGUAGUUGUAGCGGGCACGCCAAUCACUACCACAAUAAUAGCUGAGGGUCGUGGACCAAGAAGAGAUGUUGUUUUCCUGCUGGAUGGAUCAGAUGGCACUAGGAAUGGGUUCCCAGCAAUGAAAGAGUUUGUUCAAAGAAUGGUGGAGAGAUUGGAAAUUGCUGAGAACAGAGAUCGCAUUUCUGUGGUCCAGUACAGCAGAGACGCAGAGGUCAAUUUCAAUCUAAACACGUACACAAAAAAGGAAGGCAUUCUUGAUGCUUUAAGAGGUCUGAGACACAAAGGAGGCAGACCCCUCAACACGGGGGCAGCUCUCCAGUACGUCAGAAACAAUGUCUUUACUGCGUCCUCUGGCAGCAGACGACUGGAGGGUGUGCCACAGAUACUUAUUGUGCUUAGUGGGGGAAGGUCAUUUGACAGUGUUGAUACAGCAGCCUCCUCUCUAAAAGAGCUUGGAAUCUUGACCUUCGGAAUUGGCUCAAGAGCCUCUGAUAGCCGAGAAUUGCAGAUAAUCUCAUCUGACCCCAAUUACGUGCUCUCCGUGUCUGACUUCACCGAGCUUCCGAAUGUCCAAGAACAGCUGCUGGCCUCCGUACAGGCUGUUGCAAUGCCCAUCACUCCAACAUCGCCAGCUGUUACUGCUGAUUACACCUUACCAAGAAAGGACGUAGUAUUUCUGCUGGACGGUUCAGAUGGAAAUAGGAAUUCUUUCCCAGCAAUGCGUGAAUUUGUUCAAAGAGUAGUGGAGCAAUUCAACAUAGAUGCAAACGAAGACCAUGUUUCUGUGGUGCAGUACAGUAGAGACACUGAGGUCAAUUUCUAUCUGAAUACCUACACUUCAAAGGAAGACAUUCUUGACAGUGUCAGAGCUCUGAGACACAAAGGAGGGAGACCCCUCAACACGGGUGCAGCUCUCCAGUAUGUCAAAGAUAAUGUCUUUACUGCCUCCUAUGGCAGCAGACGACUAGAGGGUGUGCCGCAGAUACUGAUUGUGCUAAGUGGGGGAAAGUCAUUUGACAGUGUUGAUACAGCAGCCUCCUCUCUGAAAGAGCUUGGAAUCUUGACCUUUGGAAUCGGCUCAAGAGGCUCUGAUAGCAGAGAAUUGCAGAGAAUCUCAUAUGACCCCAGUUACGCUCUGUCCGUGUCCGACUUCACCGAGCUUCCGAAUGUCCAAGAACAGCUUCUGGCCUCCGUACAGGCUGUUGCAAUGCCUAGUACGCCAGCUUCACCGACAGUGAUCGCUGAUUACACCAUACCAAGAAAGGAUGUAGUAAUUUUGCUGGACGGCUCAGAUGGCACUAGGAAUUCUUUCCCAGCAAUGCGUGAAUUUUUGCAAAGAGUAGUAGAGCAAUUUAACAUAGAGGAAAACAGAGACCGUGUUUCUGUGGUGCAGUACAGUAAAGACGCCGAGGCCCAUUUCUAUCUUAACACCUACGCUACAAAGGGGGAGAUCCUUAACACUGUCAGGAGUCUUAGGCACAGAGGAGGGAGACCCCUCAACACAGGGGCGGCUCUCCAGUACGUGAUGAACAAUGUCUUCACUGCCUCUGCUGGGAGUAGAAAGCAAGAGGGCGUUCCUCAGGUUCUUAUACUUUUCAGCGGAGGACGCUCAAACGAUAACAUAGAUACACCUGCCUCUGCUCUGAAAGAGAGUGGGGUCUUAAUUUUUGGCAUUGGCACCAGAAAUUCGAGCAGAGAGGUACAGAAAAUUGCCAAUGGUCCUACUUAUGCAAAGUCCAUCCCUGAGUUCUCUGAUCUUCGCAGUGUCCAGCAGCAGUUUUUGAGCUCACUGAACAAUGUGCUUGUGCAAGUCCUGCAGGUGACACCUACUGUUAUGGUUGAACGAAGGAUGGCUGGGAGGGAUGUAGUGUUCCUGCUGGAUGGUUCAGACGGCACUAGGAGCUCUUUUCCAGCAAUGCGUAACUUUGUUGAAAGGAUGGUGGAGAGUUUGAAUGUGUCUGAGAGGCGAGACCGUGUGUCUGUGGUCCAGUUCAGCAGAGAUCCAGAGGCCCAUUUUUAUCUUAACACAUACACGAAAAAGGAGGACAUUCUUGACACGGUCAGAGGACUGAGGCACAAAGGAGGGAGACCCCUCAACACAGGGGCAGCUCUGCAGUACGUGAGAGACAGUGUCUUCACUGCCUCCUCAGGAAGCAGACGUUUAGAGGGUGUGCCACAGUUACUGAUUCUGCUGAGUGGUGGAAGUUCAUUUGAUAAUGUUGACACACCGGCCACCUCCCUGAAAGAGCUUGGAGUAUUGAUCUUUGGGAUAGGGUCAAGGAGCUCUGACAGCAGUGAACUGCAGAGGAUCUCCCAUGACCCAAGCUAUGUACUCUCAGUGAGUGACUUCUCUGACCUUCCCAGUGUCCAACAGCAGCUUUUCACCAACAUUAACACAGGAGUUGUAGCUGGCACGCCUAUCACUACCACAAUAAUAGCUGAGGGUCGUAGACAAAGAAGAGAUGUUGUCUUCCUGCUGGAUGGAUCAGAUGGCACUAGGAAUGGGUUCCCAGCAAUGAAAGAGUUUGUUCAAAGAAUGGUGGAGAGAUUGGAAGUUGCUGAGAACAGAGAUCGCAUUUCUGUGGUCCAGUACAGUAGAGACGCAGAGGUCAAUUUCAAUCUAAACACAUACACAAAAAAGGAAGGCAUUCUUGAUGCUUUAAGAGGUCUGAGACACAAAGGAGGCAGACCCCUCAACACGGGGGCAGCUCUCCAGUACGUCAGAGACAAUGUCUUUACUGCGUCCUCUGGGAGCAGACGACCGGAGGGUGUGCCACAGAUACUUAUUGUGCUUAGUGGGGGAAGGUCAUUUGACAGUGUUGAUACAGCAGCCUCCUCUCUAAAAGAGCUUGGAAUCUUGACUUUCGGAAUUGGCUCAAGAGCCUCUGAUAGCAGAGAAUUGCAAUUAAUCUCGUCUGACCCCAAUUACGCGCUCUCCGUAUCUGACUUCAGUGAGCUUCCAAAUGUUCAAGAACAGUUACUGGCCUCAGUACAGGCUGUUGCAAUGCCCAUCACUCCAACAUCGCCAGCUGUUACUGCUGAUUACACCUUACCAAGAAAGGACGUAGUAUUUCUGCUGGACGGUUCAGAUGGAAAUAGGAAAUCUUUCCCAGCAAUGCGUGAAUUUGUUCAAAGAGUAGUGGAGCAAUUCAACAUAGAUGCAAACGACGACCAUGUUUCUGUGGUGCAGUACAGUAGAGACACUGAGGUCAAUUUCUAUCUGAAUACCUACACAUCAAAGGAAGACAUUCUUGACAGUGUCAGAGGUCUGAGACACAAAGGAGGGAGACCCCUCAACAUGGGUGCAGCUCUACAGUAUGUCAAAGAUAAUGUCUUUACUGCCUCCUAUGGCAGCAGACGACUGGAGGGUGUGCCACAGAUACUGAUUGUGCUAAGUGGGGGAAAGUCAUUUGACAGUGUUGAUACAGCAGCCUCCUCUCUGAAAGAUCUUGGAGUCUUGACCUUUGGAAUCGGCUCAAGAGGUUCUGAUAGCAGAGAAUUGCAGAGAAUCUCAUAUGACCCCAAUUACGCCCUGUCUGUGUCCGACUUCACAGAGCUUCCGAAUGUCCAAGAACAGCUGCUGGCCUCAGUGCAGGCUGUUGUAAUGCCCAUCACUCCAACAUCGCCAACUUUUACUGCCGAGUCCCAAGGACCCAAGAAGGAUGUCGUCUUUGUAAUCGAUGGUUCUGAUGGUGUUGGCAGGGAGUUCCCAAUUAUCCAGGAGUUUGUUCGCAGAGUUGUGGAGAACCUCAAUAUUGGUGAGAACAAGAUCCGUGUCAGUGUGGUGCAGUAUGGAGAUUCUCCAAACGCAGACAUAUACCUCAACUCCCAUAAGACCAAAGAAGGGGUCCUAAAUGGCAUCAAGGAACUCAGACAACGAGGGGGCAGACAGCGCAACCUUGGUCGGGCCAUAGACUUUGUUGCUCGUGAAGUUCUGGCUUCUGGACGUGGUGGAAGAAAACAGGAGGGAGUUCCACAAUUUGUUGUGGUGGUUUCAGGAGGAAAAGCAACAGACAAUAUAAGAACGUCUGCAACAACUCUCAAGCAGUCAGGAAUUGUCCCGUUUAGCAUAGGGACAAGGGAAGUUGAUACUGAGGAAUUGCAGGUGAUCUCCUAUGUCCCCAAAUAUGCCUAUGUAGUUGAUGACUUGCCUGGUCUUUAUACUGUUCAGGACACACUCAUAACGUCACUGACUGAGCUAUCUAGUGAAGAGCUAGCCAAAUUGCGUCCUUUUUACCCUGCAGAAUCAGUUCCAAUUCCAUCAGGACCUCGUGGAGAUAAGAGGGAUGUUGUGUUCCUUAUUGAUGGCACAACAAAGAUGCGCUCUGAGUUCCCUGCUAUUAAAAGCAUGAUUCAGAGGGUGGUGGAUAAGUUGGAUGUGGGUCUGGACAAUGUGAGGGUGUCAGUUGUGCAGUACAGUGAUGAUCCCAAACUGGAAUUUCUCCUCAAUGAGCAUUCCACCAAGGAGGAAGUUCGCCAGGCAUUACAAAGAAUUAGAAGCAAAGGAGGCAGUGAGCUUAAUACUGGGCAAGCUCUGGAAUAUGUCUCAAAGAACAUCUAUCAAAGAUCUGCUGGUAGCCGCGUAGAAGAGGGCGUGCCUCAGUUUCUCAUUUUAGUGACCGGAGGAAAGUCCAAUGAUGAUGUAUCUGGUCCUGCCAACCAACUGAAGUUAAGCAAUGUUGCUCCCUUGGCAGUUGGAGCUCAUAAUGCUGAUGCAGAAGAACUCAAACUAAUUUCCUUCACCCCAGAACUAACCUACACCAUUAGAGACUUCCAGCAGCUACCUAGAGUGGAACAAGAGCUUUUUAACAAAGUCAGUACAAUGACCAAAACAGUCACUUCUGUCACAACUACGCCUGAAGUCAAACUUAGCCUUGGAAAAAAGGACAUCAUCUUCCUCAUUGACGGCUCUGACAGUGUUGGACAAAGCGGUGUUGCUCACAUCCGUGACUUUAUCUUGAAAGUUGUUGAGCAGCUUGAUGUGCAACCUGACCAAGUUCGUGUGGCUUUGGUGCAGUAUGGUGGAAAACCUAAAACUGAAUUCUCUUUGAACUCCCACAACAACAAGCAGUCUGUCAUCUCUGCAAUCAAGAGACUGCGUCACAUGGGUGGACGUGGUGCUGACCUAGCUGAGGCUAUAAAGUAUGUGAUGCAAAAAGAGCUCCAAGGUUCGGCUGGGGUACGUCCAGUAGAGGCUUCCCAGCAUUUGGUGGUGCUUACUGGUGGAAGGUCAUCCUCUGAUGUAUCUUCAUACGGCCCAAUCCUCAAAGGCUCUCGGAUUAACUGUAUAGGAAUUGGUGCAGAGAAAGCAGACAGAAAUCAGCUGGAGCAGAUUGCAACCACCUCUGCUGACGUCCUGCAGGUGCCUACAUUCCCAAGUCUUCAAAACAUAAAAAGCCAGUUUAUAGCCAGACUUAAUGGAACAAUGGUUGAUGAGCCUUCCCCUGAGGAACCAACUUAUGUGCUCCCACAGUCAAAGGCUGCUGACAUUGUCUUUUUAGUUGAUGGGUCAAUUAAUCUUGGCAGGGAAAAUUUUAAAGUGGUCAUGGAAUUCAUUCUCAAUUUAAUUGACCUCUUCUUCACGGAGAGAGACAAUCUUAAGAUUGGUCUGGCACAUUAUGCUGCAGACGUGACAGAUGUCUUCUACCUCAAUUCCUACAAAAAUAAGGAUGACAUCAUUAGCGCCAUAACCCGAGUAGAGUACAAGGGAGGUCGGGAAAUUAAAACAGGCAAUGCCAUUCGCCAUGUUCAGCAAACACAAUUUGUAAAAGAAAAAGGCAGUCGGAAAGAUGAGGGCAUUCCACAGAUUCUGAUGGUAGUCACUGGUGGACGGUCAAAUGAUGACAGCCAGUCAGCAGCACUAGCUCUUAAAUCCACUGGUGUGCGCAUCUACGCUGUUGGGGUGGGUGACCUUGAGGAUGAGCUUAAUAAAUUGGGCAGUGAGGCAACCACGGUGGCCCGAGCCAGUACUUUCCAAGAGCUCUCUGAGCUGAAUGAGCAGAUUUUGGAAACACUUGAUGAUGAGGUGAAAGGAAAACUGUGCACAGGAGUGCAGGACACUACAAGAGCAUGCAAGUUGGAUGUUCUUGUGGGGUUUGAUGUAGCUUCCCAGAAUAUUUUUGCUGCUCAGAGGUCAUUAGAGACUAAGAUAUCUGCUAUUCUCCAACGCAUUACCCAGAUGCAGCCUAUCAGCUGCACCUCUGGCCAGGUCCCCUCAGUACAGGUGGGCAUGCUAGCUAUGGACUCUGCCUCAGAGCCUGUUCAGCUAGACUUCACUAACAGAUACACAGAUCUUCUUGAAAACUUCAAGGCCCUGCGCAACCGUGGACCUUUUGUUUUGAACACCGCCACAAUCAAAGCUUAUUCUGACAGAUUCAAAACUCAGCCUUCAGACAGUAUAAAGGUUGUGAUCCACUUAACUGAUGGAUUAGAUGCCCAAUAUAGCAUUUUGAAAGAGCGAGUUGAAAAGAUGCAAACAACUGGUAUUAAUAGUUUCAUCCUUGUUGCUCUGGAGAGAGUGCCACGAUUUGAGGAUGCAGUUCUCUUGGAAUUUGGCCGUGGCUUCAGGUACACACGACCUCUGCGUGUCAACCUCAUGGACUUGGAUUAUGAGCUUCUGGAAGAACUGGACAACAUUGCUGAGCGGGAAUGCUGCUCUGUUCCGUGCAAGUGUAAUGGCCAGAGAGGGGACAGAGGGGCUGUUGGUGUGCCUGGACUGAAGGGUCAACCUGGUGGUCAGGGCUUCAGUGGGCAUCCUGGUGAUGAAGGUGGACCGGGAGAGAGAGGUCCACCUGGUGUAAAUGGAACUCAAGGGUUCCAAGGUUGUCAAGGCCAGAGAGGUGUUAAAGGAUCUCGAGGAUACAAUGGUGAAAAGGGGGAAAUUGGAGAGAUCGGUUUAAAUGGAAUCAAUGGAGAGGAGGGAACAACUGGAGUUGCUGGCCCUCCUGGAGAUAGAGGAAACCCGGGCGAAAGGGGGCCUAAAGGGGCCAAAGGCCAAGCAGGAGAUGUUGGUCAGACUGGGAUACGUGGUGAUCCAGGCACCCCAGGAAUUGAAAACAACCAAAGAGGACCAAAAGGUGAUCCAGGCGAUGCUGGCCCAGCGGGAGAGCCAGGGGUGGACGGAACUAAGGGAGAUCCUGGUGAACCAGGCAGACUGGGCCCUGAUGGUAAAAGAGGGACUCCAGGCCAAGCUGGUGCUUCUGGAAAACCCGGUGCUGCUGGUUUACAAGGAGAGCCAGGAGUUGGGGGAUCACGGGGUCCCGCUGGACCAAUUGGAGCACCUGGUAUCAGAGGAGAAGGUGGAAACCCUGGUCCGAGUGGUCCAGGAGGACUGCCAGGACCUUCUGGAGAAAAGGGCAGAAGAGGUGCAUUUGGCCGUAAGGGUGAACCAGGGGAGCCUGGAACUAAAGGUGUUGUUGGACCCCAAGGACCCCGUGGGGAGCCUGGUGAUGAUGGCCGUGAUGGGGCUGGUGUACCUGGUCCCAAAGGAAGAAAAGGUGAUGAAGGUUUCCCUGGUUUCCCUGGUUCAAAGGGGGAUGCCGGUGACCCUGGCUCAAAGGGAGGAAAUGGACCUAGAGGAAAUAAUGGCCAGAGGGGUAUGUCAGGAGGAACUGGUGGGCCUGGACAGAAGGGAGAAAUUGGAUACCCGGGGCCCUAUGGUCAAAAAGGACCCAGAGGACCUGGUGUGGUGCAAUGUGACCUGGUUAAGAAAAUAAGGGAUAACUGCCCUUGCUGCUAUGGUGCUCAGGAAUGUCCUCUCUACCCCACGGAGUUGGCAUUUGCCUUGGAUGCGUCAGAUGGCGUAUCACGCGUGGCUUUCAACAACAUGCGGGACACUGUUCUCCGCCUGGUCAGUGACAUCACUAUUGCUGAGAGCAACUGUCCACGAGGAGCCCGUGUUGCUCUAGCACUCUACAACAAUGAGGUGACCACAGAGAUCCGCUUCGCAGAUGCGCUAAAGAAGCGAGCACUCGUUGAGCGCGUUCAAGGGCUCCAGGCUUUGCAGACCCGUAAGCAGCGCAGCUUGGAGACAGCCAUGAACUUUGUUGCACAGAACACAUUCAAGAGAGUCCGCAGUGGGUUCCUUGUGCGCAAGGUUGCUAUUUUCUUCGUCAACGGCCCUGUCACACUCACAAAGGAAUUCAGUUCAGCUGCUCUACGCCUCUACGAUGCUGGAAUUGCCUCUGUAUUCCUUCUUAAUCGUGAAGAUCGUCAACUCACCAGAGCCUUGCAGAUAAAUAACACUGCACUAGCCCAGGUUAUCGUCCUACCAUCACCUGGAAGUACUGAAUACAACAAUGUCGUCAAAAAGACCAUGGCCUGCCACAUCUGCUUUGAUGUCUGUGCCCCAGAUCAGAUGUGUGACUAUGUCCCUCCAUCAAGAGCUAGGGACCGGAGAGAUUCCACCACUGACUUAGACAUUGACAUGACCUUCAUCCUUGAUAGUUCUGAGACCACCUGGCCCUCCGUCUUCUCAGAGAUGAAGCUAUACGUGGCACAGAUGGUAGCACAGCUGGAGAUGUCCCCCGAACCGGCCAGCACUACUCAUCAUGCUCGAGUGGCACUUGUCCAGCACGCACCUUAUGAAUACUUGCACAAUGGUAGCGGCAUCCCAGUCAGUGUGGCCUUUGGCCUGACAGACCACAAGUCUGCAAGCACUGUCCAAAGCUUCCUGUUGGAUAAGGUGCACCAGCUUGAAGGAGGAUGGGCCCUUGCUGCUGCACUUGAAGGCACAGUGGAACAUGUGUUUGAGAAGGCGCCACAUCCUCGCAGCUUGAAGGUUUUAGUUCUACUGGUGACUGGGACAGUAGAACAGGAUGAGGAGAGGAUAGUAAGGGCUGCCAUUGAAGUUAAAUGCAAAGGCUACUUCAUUGUGGUGAUGGCAGUUGGAAAGCUGUUCAGUGCAGGUGAUGCCCGUGUCCUGGCCCAAGUGGCAAGCGAGCCCUCAGACGUGUUCUAUAAGAGGGUGGAUGGACCUUCAGGCUUCUAUGAUGACCAUAUUCAGACAUUUGCCAGACUAUUGCCCAAGUACCUUAGCCUUGAAAAUGCUUUCUACCUGUCCCCUGAAGUCUCUAAGAAGUGCCAGUGGUAUCAGAGUGACCAGCCAAACAAAAUCCCAUUCAGACGGCCACAGAUACACGAGAAACACCAGAAGCAACAUGAAAAGCAGGAAGUUCAUGACAAAAAACAUAAAGAAUCAAGUAUGGAGGAACUACAUCUUGUUAACGUCACCUCCAGUGGAUUCUCCUUACAGUGGUUAAGCAGUGAUUCAAAAGCCAUUCAUGAGGUUACAGUGACUCGAUUGAGGGAUCAUAGUCUGGUGCUGAGAAAAAAAUUUACUGGCACACAUCUCUCCAUCACUGAACUUGAGGCAGCCCAAACCUAUCAUGUAGUGGUCACCACUCGCAAUGACAAUGGUCAGGUUGCCAACACCUACAAAGGCAUUGUUUCCACAAAAUCAGCAGAACAGAAGCUUCUCACUGUAAGUGAAGUGAUGGGGAUUGUGCCCACUGCACCCCCAAGUAAACUAGAAAUGAAAUCAGCAGAACAGAAUAUCCUUAAUGCCAGUGAAAUGAUGGGAAUGGUAUCCACUACACCCUUGAGUAAACCAGAAAUUAAAUCAGUAGAACAGAAGAGUCUUACUGUGAGCGAAGUGACAAGGAUUGGGUCCUCUGCACACUUAAAUACCCCGGAAAUAAAAUCAGCAGAACAGAAGAUUCUUACUCCAAGUGAAGUGACUGGGAUUGUGUCCACUGCACCCUUGAGUAAACCAGAAAUUAUUAACAAUCUUAUGGACCCAUGCUCCCUUGACUUUGACUCUGGACUACCAUGCAAAGACUAUGCAGCUAAGUGGUACUUUGACAGAAAGAAUGGAUUCUGUACGCAGUUCUGGUUUGGAGGUUGUGGAGGAAAUGACAAUAGGUUUGAGAGUGAGGCAGAUUGCCUCAAACACUGCUUGAAGACAGUGACUGAGCAAAAAGCAAGCAGCGAGCAUAUCGAAGCUGUCUUACCCCCAGCACCAGCUCCAGCUGCCCUGCGCUCCAAUGUUGAUAUCUGCAAGCUACCAAAAGAAGAAGGCACCUGUAUUAAAUUUGUGCUUAUGUGGCACUAUGACACCCUAAGUGGAAAAUGUACACGCUUCUGGUACGGAGGCUGUGGAGGGAAUCAGAAUCGCUUUGACACACAAGAUGAGUGCAGGAAAGCCUGUGAAAAAACAGCACCUGUUAAACAAGCGGUCAUUGCUGCAGGUCAUACAUAGAAACUAAUGAAGACUCUUAGCUGACGACACUCAGAAGAUAUAGCACCUUGAACAAGAAGCUCAGACAAAGCUAAGAUGCCUGCACUGGAUUCUGCCAAAGGAUUUGAUCGAAAGUAAACCUUGAAGUAUUUUUUCACAGAAUAAAAAAACUAAAGUUUCUUUGUUUCGUGCUGGUGCUACAUUCGAUUUUUUUUU